GUGCUGGGGUAGCGGGGGGGGGGGGGAGGGGAGAGGGUCCCGCGGGCCUGUGUCUCUCCUUGACCCCUCCCCAGUCCCGGGUCCUGGCGCAGCUGGCUCCUCGUGCCGGGCCAGGCCUCCUUCCGGCUGGGAGCUUGUGCUCCCUGAGGGGCCUCCCCUCGCCCCGCUGCCUGGAUCUGUGAUUGCACCGCGGGUCUCCGCUGUGCUCCGGUUCUGGGAUGCCUCUUGGCCCUCCGGGGUGCUUCACCUUAGAAGGAGCUCCCCAGAUCCGCGUCUGUGCUGCCAGCCUGCUGGCUGCUUCUCCGGAGGGUGGAAAAGGGUCUAGUAAAAGUUGUGACGGAGCGUUAAUAGCGCGCUGGUUUGGUGAGGGGGGAGCGUGAAAGGAGUGAGAGCUGGUGCGGGAUGUAGCCAUGGGCAGGGGAACUGAGGCACGUAGCAUCAGGGACCCGCCCAAAGUGCAAAAUCAAAAACUGCUCCUCAUCUCAAGAUGGCAGAACCAGUGCUAGAUGAAUCAAAAUCUUUGUGCAAUACUCCAAAGGAUUCUGGGACACCAGCUCCACAGGGGCCUAGUUCAGGGAAACAGCCCAUGAGUGCAGCUCUGAGGGAGCGAUUAAGGAAAACAAGACGUUCAUUUAAUGCUAAUGUUGCAGUGGCAAAGCGGCUCAAAAUAGGCACUGAAGAAAAAGACUGUGCUGAAAAAGGGUGCAUGCCAAAGACAAGUACAGAUUGUUCCACAUUACAAGACGGUUCUGAAAACCCAGAAGGAAGUGGCACUGGACAUACGUGUUUCAAAAGCCCCUUACAGGAAAAUGAUCUCUCCAGAUCAGCAGAGAAGUCUCAUGUGCUACAGGCUGAUCUUAGUCAGCAACAGUCCCUGGAAGAAAAAGUAAGACUGCUGAAACAAGUGCAAGAGAAGGAAGAACUACUUCGAAGGCUCAGAAUGGUUAAGAUGUACCGAUCUAAGAACAACCUGUCUGACCUGCAGGCUUUGAUAGCGAAAUGGAGAAGCAGUACCCAGCUGAUGCUGUAUGAACUGCAGUCAGCCUUUUCUGCAGAUGGCAAGAAAGUGAGUCUCACUCAGCUGAUAGACACUUUUGGAUUAGAAGAUCAGUUAUUGCACUACAGCAGAACAGAAGAAGAUUUUGUAGAUGCAUAAUAUACAGGUGCAAAGCUUUUAUUUACUUACAUGCAUAAGCACAAAAGAUGGAAUGAUUUCUCUUCACAUAAGAAAUGUUGAUCAGACAGUGGACAGUUAGGAAGUUUUCUUAAGAGAUACUUCCAAAGCUGUGUGCUUAGAUACAGCAGGCACUGUGAAAGGCAUUACUUAAUGGAAAAGAUCAAAUUCAUGCUGUUUUGAAAAAUCCGGCUUGAGAUCAGUGAAUAGUUAUUUAAUAAGAUUCCAUUUAUUACUUUAUUAAAAUUUCAUUUUAAUGAAAUCAGGUCAUACUCUAGCAGGUUGAAGGCAGUCAGUCCAUUCUUUGAUUGGUCUUUGCACAGCUACUUGUCUUGAAAUAAUGAACUCUAAUUGUUAUUUCUGUUGAUGGGAAAAGUUAAGUUCUUUGUUAAUAGAUACACCCUCAUUUUACAAAUGUCUUCCUGCUACCAGUGAGUUAUCGACAAUAUUUUGCAAGUUAAGUAAAAGUGACUAAUUUGCAUGUUGUUAAUAUUCGGAAGCUGCAGUGAGUUGUUUUCAGUAGCUUUAAUUUUUAUUACUGAGAGAAAUGUGCAAAAAUGCACUAAUUUUCAGGUACUGGCUCAGACAGUUGUCUUCAUGGAAUGUGUAUCCUAAGUAUUUUGCCACAGCCUGAGAUAGUAGAAGGGAAGACAUGAAAAUUGCAACCAACAUCUGUCUGCUCUAUGCUUCAUGUGAGAGCCAAGGUAUUUCAAACCAGUAAGAACAAGGCCUUGUCUAAUGGGCGUGCUUCAAAUACAGCAUGUUGAAUAAAACUUUAGCAUUUCAUUUAUCCUCCAAUAAAUACUGCAUUUUUAAAAGUU